CUCUCUAUCUCUCUCUCUCUCUCUCUAUAUCUCGUGCGUUCUCUCGUUGAUCAUUCGUUCUCUUCUUCGUGAAUCCCGAGUGGGUUUUCGAGGCAUCGGCUGCGGAAGGGGCUGCCGGGGGAGCGGGAGCGGGUGGGUUUUUUUUUUGCGAAUGGAGCGCGCGGACUCGUCGGCGGGGUUGCCGGCGCAGCCCCACCUGCCGCCGGGGUUCCGGUUCCACCCGACCGACGAGGAGCUCGUCACCCACUACCUCAAGAAGAAGGCGGCUUCCUCGCUGCUCCCCGUCGCCAUCAUCGCCGAGGUCGAUAUCUACAAGUUUGAUCCCUGGGAGCUUCCAGCGAAGGCGACGUAUGGCGAGCAAGAAUGGUACUUCUUUAGCCCGAGGGACCGGAAGUACCCGAACGGGGCGAGGCCCAACAGGGCGGCCACGUCGGGGUACUGGAAGGCGACGGGAACCGACAAACCGGUGCUGUCCGUCGUCGGGGAUCAGAAGGUCGGUGUGAAGAAGGCUCUGGUCUUCUACGGCGGAAAACCACCGAAAGGCGUCAAGACGAACUGGAUCAUGCACGAGUACCGUCUCAUCGAGAACAAAGUCAGUAGCAGACCGCCCGGAUGUGACGUGGUCAACAAGAAAAAUUCCCUGAGGCUGGAUGACUGGGUGUUAUGCCGAAUCUACAAGAAGAACAACACACACCGGCCGGUGGAUCACGAGAGGGACGACUCGAUGGAGGACUUGCUCGAAUCCAUCCCUUCUUCGUUGACAAUGAACCCUCAGAACUUGAAGCUACACCUCUCGAAGCCAUCCACGGCGAGUUACGCCAUGUUGUUCGAGCACGAGCAGAACCUUUUUGACGGGAUGAUGGGGGCUAAUGGCGGCGGCGGCAUCCCCAACAACAUGAUCUCUCACCUCGCAUCAUCCUCGGGCUUAAAGCCAGAAUUGGCCAUGGUCCAAGCGCCCAACAUUUCGAGCCCUCUUCCCCUGAAGCGGACUCUUCACUCGCUCUAUUGGAACGACAAGGAUGUUGCCGCCGAGAUGAGCGACCCUUCGUCGGUCAAGAGACAGUUCAGCGCGGACAGGAACGAUCCGGGGAGCUUCGAGAGGAACAACAACGAAGGGACUAGCUCCAUCGCGUCUCUGCUCAGCCAGAUUCCUCAAACCCCAUCGUUGCACCAGCAAACGGUCUAUGGGCCUCUCGGCGACGGCAGUUUCCGACCACAGUUCCACAUGCCGGGACUGAAUUGGUAUGCUUAAUUAGUCCAGAGUAUAGCUUGAAUUUGAUGGCGGGCAUUACGUGAUAGCUAAGUUAAGGUGAAAGUUUCGCCACAUUAACAAGUUGGUACUACAGUUUGACAAAAUUGUGAAGGUAUGGAUUGGUGCUUGUGUGGAGACUAAGUGAGUGGCCCCCCAAAGAAUUCCUUUAGAAGAGGGUAUGAGAUGAGCUUCCGAUUUCAGGUGAGGCCAAUAGACGCAUAUUACAAUUAGGGUCAUAUACAUGAAUGUAUAACUGCACAUUUUAGGGUUUGUUCUAUGUGUAUAGAUGCAUUGAAUUCAGAUAGCAGGGUGAUUCAUAAGAAAAAAAAAGGACAUAGCGGAUCCUCAUGUAGAAAAAUAAAGCCAGAUGGAUCAUUCUUAUUUUUGCUUUAGGAUGCAGCACCAGAAAUGAUUGUAUAGAACCCUGGUAGUAUACUUGAGCAUCGUUUAUUGCAAUGGGUGAUCCUUUAUAUUCAAAA